AUGGGUGGCAUUUGCUCUCGUGACCGCGAAAGCCAAGUAAACGCCGGCUCCAUCCUGGACCGAGUGAUAAGCCAGGCCAGCAACGAAGACCAAUGUCUGCUCUACCGGCUGGCAGAUUACAAGAAAGGUGGAGAACUGAUCGAGGCCUACAAUAUCGGAGGGCAAUCCGAGGUGGAGAGUCUGAUGAGGGAACAAUUCGGAGUGCUGAUGUACGCGAACGGAAAGGGCCAGAUAAUCAAUCGAGCCGAGUACCUCAGGUGGAAAUUCCGAGAUUCGGAGCAAGUCGUCCUGCCCAUUGAAGCCUCUUUGUCGAGAUUCGAUCCUCUGGCUCAAUGGAACGACCACGAUGCAUGCUGGCAGAUGCAAUAUCGCGGCUCUUUGGGGGAAACUUUGCUGCACGUCCUGAUAAUUUGCGACACCAGGUCGCACACACGGAUCGCCAGGAUCCUCCUGAAGUGCUUCCCCAGGCUUGCGAUCGACGUCGUCGAGGGGGAAGAGUACCUAGGCGCUAGUGCACUCCACCUUGCAAUUGCGUACAAUAAUAACGAGCUCGUGCAGGACCUGGUGGAAGCUGGAGCUGCUGUGUCCCAGAGAGCCAUUGGGAGUUUCUUCCUGCCCAGGGACCAGCAACGGAUGUAUCCUGCAAAAACCACCGAUUACGAAGGACUCGCCUAUCUCGGGGAAUAUCCUUUAGCCUGGGCUGCGUGCUGCGCCAAUGAAAGCGUUUAUAAUUUACUUAUCGACUCCGGGGCUAAUCCUGACGAGCAGGACUCCUUCGGCAACAUGAUCCUCCACAUGGUCGUUGUCUGCGAUAAACUGGACAUGUUUGGGUAUGCUCUGCGACAUCCGAGGCUCCCUGCUCGAAAUGGGAUCUUAAAUCUUGCUGGCUUGACACCGUUGACACUUGCCUGUCAACUAGGACGUGCCGAGGUCUUCCGGGAGAUGUUAGAACUCUCUGCAAAAGAAUUUUGGCGCUACAGUAACAUCACUUGCUCGGCGUAUCCUCUGAACGCUCUCGAUACGCUUUUACCUGACGGCAGAACAAACUGGAAUUCCGCUCUCUUCAUCAUUUUAAACGGCACCAAAGAGGAGCAUCUCGAUAUGCUGGACGGCGGCAUCAUUCAGAGGCUCCUAGAAGAAAAAUGGAAAACAUUCGCAAGACUGCAGUUUCUCAAACGCCUUAUCAUCCUGGUUUUCCAUCUGAUGUCCCUAUCUCUCGCCGUGUAUUUUCGGCCAGCUGGAAUGGAAGCAGAUCUCGUUAAAUGGCCCGACGAGAUUUCGGACGUGGUUAGAACAAUAGCCGAAGGACUCACCAUUCUCGGAGUGUUUAAUUACAUAUUAGUCCAGUUGGGCGGUGAGAUCGUCAACAUUGGGCUGCUCUCAUUUUUCAAACAAUUGACCCACGAGCCGGCGAAGUUCAUCUUCCUUAUCAGUAACCUUUUAAUUCUUGCGUGUAUUCCAUGCCGAAUUGCUGGGAAUCGCCAUUCGGAGGAUGCUAUCCUCGUGGUUGCUGUUCCUGGCUCGUGGUUUCUUCUAAUGUUCUUCGCUGGAGCUGUUCGGUUGACGGGACCCUUUGUCACAAUGGUGUACAGCAUGAUUACUGGCGACAUGUUGACUUUUGGCAUCAUAUACACCAUCGUGCUUUUCGGAUUCUCUCAGUCAUUCUACUUCCUCUACAAAGGAUUCCCCGGAGUGAAGUCAUCGCUCUAUCAUUCUUAUCAUUCCACGUGGAUGGCUCUGUUGCAGAUCACCCUUGGAGAUUACAAUUACACUGACUUGAGUCUCACAACGUACCCGAAUUUGAGCAAGACGGUUUUCGCCAUUUUUAUGGUUUUAGUGCCGAUAUUACUGUUGAACAUGUUAAUUGCCAUGAUGGGCAACACGUACGCACACGUGAUCGAGCAAAGCGAGAAGGAAUGGAUGAAACAGUGGGCUAAGAUAGUCGUAUCUCUAGAACGCGCUGUAUCGCAAAAAGAUGCUCACACCUAUUUGCAAGAAUACAGCAUCAAGGUAGGCCCUGGGGACGACCCCAACAAUCCAGCUUCUGAACAAAGAGGUGUUAUGGUUAUCAAAUCAAAAUCAAAGACAAGAGCUAAGCAAAGGAAAGGAGCAGUAUCCAACUGGAAGCGCGUAGGAAAAGUAACAAUUAAUGAGCUAAAAAAACGAGGACUGACCGGAGAGGAAUUGAGGUGCAUCAUGUGGGGACGUGCAUCCUUUUCGACACCUGUACGCGUACCGACUAGUCCUUCCCAUCAACCGAAACCUGAAGGGGAGCCAGGAGCUUCCGGAUUAUUUGGCACCGCGUUGACAGCAGCUCUGGAUGUCAUGGCAUUCUCGAAUGACGUUAAUCUACUUCCAGCAGAUCAAGCCACAGCUGUUAGAAUCGGGGAGAGAUCGACGAACCAGGUGGAAGAGAUGCCGCCGUCAUUCUCUGAAGCCACGACAAUGGCUACUGCUAUUCCGAUGACCAAAGAGGAGCCUCGACUCGAAACUGGAGACUUGAAGAAAUCCCCAAGAGUGCAGGAGUUAAGGGCUAAAUUAACAGCCGUUGCGCAAUUUGGAGUGGACAUUUUGAGAGGUCGGUUAACAUCUAUUGGCAGGCUUAGUGAAUAUCUACAUUUAAUUUCAUCUACUCGGCAGCCGAUUCGUUCGACGCGCCGCCGAGAGAGGGCGACAAUGCGGACCCCCUCCGAGAUCUUGUAAUAGCGUCGGAAAGUUCCCAAUGCAAUCCGGAAAUUCUGCUGAAAAUAGCUGGAUCGGCUCGCGAGUUGAGCGAG